CCAUGUUUGAGGUACGCAAAACUCCUUGUGCUUAUGACAAAGCAUCGUAUGAAGAGGAUAAAGCUUUAUUUAACUGCCAGAGUUCCACAAAUGUUUAUCAUUGUGUAAAAAAUGAUAGGAAAAGAAUAGGUGAGAUAUGUAUACAACCUAUCUGGGUCCAACCAAACUUCUGUCCUGAAUACAACACUGGUUCUUACAAUCUCGAUGUAGUUCCAUGUAAUGUGUCCUCUGGAUCGUGCCCAGAGGAACAGUUUCAGUCAAAUGAGGUCUACAAAUAUCCUGUAUGUAUAAAUACAACAUUUAUUCCGUAUCGGGAGAUGACAGGGGAUGAGCAAGUUUCUAAAGAUAAUGUCCUACCGCUUCCAUGGAUCCUUGUUGGAGUAGUAUUAUUAUUAUUCAUCUGUCUUUUCAUUGCAUGCUGUGUUGUGUGGUGCCGAAAUCGGCGAAAUUUUAAGAGAAAAUUGACACAGACAAUCCAGACAUUAAUAUCCCAGAGGGAAGAUAAUGGCGUGGUUUCAAGAAACCAACAACCGGUUGAAAAAUCUCCACCAGCAAUCAACUUGGAAUCCCUGGCAGGCCCGAGUACGGACUCUGAGCAAAAAAUUGAAACAAUCAUCAACCCACAUGAGCCAGAUUCAUAUGAAGGUACCAGUUUUGAUUGCAUUAAUGUUCGUUCAAACAAUGCAGAUUUAGAUUUAGAAGUUAACAAUGCUAUAAUUAGCGUUAAUGAUGAACUCGGCAUGCACGUAGCUCAUGCUACAAAACAAAAAAUUAUGAAGGGGGAAUUCGUGGAAUUGUACACUUCAAAUGAGCCUUUCUACAGAUCAGCAGCGUUUCGUGAAGGAGUGAAUUUUAUAGAAAAUGGUGGAAAAUUACUUUGUUUGGUAGGACAGUGGGGGUCUGGAAAAACGUCCACAGCUAAGGAAGUGUACGUGUCUGUCACCAAUACACAUCCAGUUAUUAUACCAAAUUCUUCAACACUCGAUGUUGGUAAUCAACCCGUUAUUUUUGAUGAAGCGAUCCUGAAGGAAAUAACGAACGUUGAAAAGAAUCAGUUAAGGGAAAAAAUAAAGAUUUUAUUUAAAAAAAUGUCACUUUAUUGGACAAACCCGUUCAUAAUCAUUACACUAGAUGGAAAUAUUAAACAUUUAUAUGAUUUCGUCAAGUCUCUUUCACCAUGCAAGGAGGACGUCAAGUUUAUAGAUCUUUCAAAAACGUUAACAAAAGGGGAUCGUACUCAAAUAUUGACCUCACAACUUGAAUUUUUCAGUCCAAAUGAAGAUUUUAGUAAAGUUGAAAAGCUAGAUUUAAAAGGUACAGGUCAUUCAUUGGGAUACCCGGAAGCAUGUGCUUUGUUUUCUAGAUGUAGUGCAUUCCAAAAAAUUUGUCCAGUGGUAUUUUGUAAUCGUCCUUUACGAUAUCUAAAGAAGCAAUUAGAAGAUAUGCAUUAUUCCGAAGAUAGUGAAAAGUUUCUGAUGUUGGUUUAUAUGAGUCUGAAUCAAAUGGAGAUAGAUGUUGACACCACAAACGAUAUGCUUAAUGAAAUACUCAAGUCAUGCCAAUGUGGUAUCCAUAAGAAUGACAACAGCAAAACAACACAAAUGAAGUCUCUCGGAACUAAAUUGAGAAAUAUAGGCGAUGAACUGAAUGACUCAAUUUUCAAAAGCACACUUGAAGAAAAGGAUAGACACAAAGAUUAUAUGACAUCCUUACUGUCGAAUGAGUUUGUGGUCAAGGAUGCAGAUACGUCAAACUACAGAUUACAACAUGCUGUCGUAAAGAGAAUGGCUCUUAUAGUGUUUGGAACCUAUCAUUUUGAUAAACUGCUUGAAUUUUCAAAACCAGAAGAUUUAAAAGGAUGGGUUAAAGAAAAAAAAAUUAAUUGCAAUCUAUGUGAACAUUUUAGAGAUAUGAAACCUGUUUUGGAGAUCAAACAAGACCAAUGGUGGCAAUUUCAAGAAAAAUUAGGAAAAGCGUCGAGUUAG